AUGAAAUCACUUCUCAAAGUAUCACCACCUCCUCCACCAGCAAGUACUAAACCACCGUUAUCUUGUCAAUCACCAAGCACCACCACACCAACCCAUUUAAUCCCUUCGAAUCAUGAUAUUAAUAGGAUGAUGAUACAAGUCAUGUCUUCACCAGUGAUGGCUCAUCAUCAAUUGUCCUCUCCUCCCAAUAAUGAAACUCAUCAUGAAGAAUCUCACCAUUUCACAACGACGACGACAAGCACAUUGGAAAGUAAUAACACGACGACGACAAGCACAUUGCAACAACAACACACAACCAACUCUUCAUCCACUGACUAUUCUCAUCAUCCUAUUAUUGAACAAACCAAUCAUGAUCCUUUGAUCAUUCACAACUCAUUAAAUUCCACGAAUGAUCAUCAUGCUACUGUGGACCAUAACAACAAUCAUGAAUUACAUUCUCCUUCAACACCUCUCUGUAUCACUUCUGAAAUGAGUAGUUCAUGUGGAAUGCAUUUCAUGACCACCAUUACAACCAGUAGUAGUGGUGGUGGUGGUGAUGUUAACCUACAUCAAGACUCGACAAAUGUUCUGUUACACGUUUCACAUCAUGAUGAUGACGAGGGUGAGGAGAACAACCACUCUUCCACAUUAAAUCCAACAGUCGAGAUCACCUCAGUGGUUGGUUCAAGCACUUCCUCUCAUGGAAUUAUUGAUGAUUUACACGGUCAUUGGACCAAUACGGCAACGACAACGACUAUGAGUCCAGCUGCUACCCACGAGAGUUCUUCUUCUUUAUUUGGUUCCUCGACUGAAAUUUCUUCAUGGAGUCUUCCGAAUAGUCAACAACAACAACAAUUACUCUUGACAUCACAGCACACGACUACGACAUUGACACCUCUUCAAAUUAGUCCUCGAAUGCUACAUUUACAACACGCUCAUUUAGUAGAUACUAUGGAUGCUGUGAGUUGUGAUAGCAAUUGUAGUAGUCCAAUCACAUCGAGCUCCACAUGUUCUUCUCCUGCUUCAUCAUACAGUCCCAUUCCUCUUCAUUGGAAUAGCACCACACUGUCAACAACAACACAGAAUCACUCUUCGUCAUCAUCUUCUACACCACCUAUCAUUGAUCCAAAAGUCAUGUAUGCCAAUUAUAUGAAUCCAGAAGCAACCGAUUCUAAAUCCUUACUCUUACAAUAUUGUGUACUUGGAAUGGAACAAGAAUUUAAACAAUUACUUUUGAGAGAAAUUCAUGCGACAAGAACACGAGAGUAUGCAACGACAACUACCUCUUCAUCACCUCACCAUCAACAUGAUCAUCUCAACUUUUCAACAACCACUGUCCCACACCCAUCCACAACUGAUACUACAACUGCUACAACUGCUACGUCUACAACUACUGCUACUACCACUGAUACUACUACUGCUACCACAACAACAACUGAUGAAACCAUUGAAGAAAUAUCAACUCCAACUCCAACACCACCACCAUCAAACAUGACCACAAAUGAGACUCAUGAAUCAUCAUCAUCUCCUUCACAACAAUUAUUGAAUCAACAAGAAACAAGUGAGCAAGAACCAUUCAAUACAACAUCAACCACCAUUCAUGAAGAAUCAACAACAUCACCUCAACUCAUUCUCACUCAAUCCAAAGUAUUAACUUCACUCUUCACAUAUCAUGAUCAUGACAAGUGUACUCUCUUUCAUUUAGCCUCUAAAUUCAAUCAAGUACAUUUAUUGGAAUUCAUGUAUGAAAUGGUACCUUCCAUGAUUUUCAUGAAAGAUUCCAAACAAGCUCAUCCUCUUUUUUAUGCAGUCUCCAAUGAUGCAAAAGAAAGUGUUGCUUUUUUAUGUAAUGCAGUGAGUGUGACAUUGAACAAUGAUCAAUUAUUGGUACCAAUUUCAAAAUAUGUGAAUGAUUUGGAUAUGUAUGGAGGUUGUUGUUUAUAUUUGGCAUUACAGAAAUCGUAUUUUGAAUUGGCUGAUUUAUUGUUAUUGUUUGGAGCUAAUAUUGAUAUCAGUUUCAAGACUGGUGAGACCAUGUUGCAUAGAGCCAUUACAGAGAGAAGAUUGGAUAUUGUGGAAUAUUUAUGUAAGAAGGGAGCAAAUUUAUUGAAACAAAAUCAAAAUAAUGAAAAUCCACUCUUCAAUGUGUUUGUACAUCAAAAGAAAAAACUUUCCGAUCUCAAUGAAAAAACAGUGAAUGGCUUCUUCACCACCAAUAAUGCCAACUUUUGCAAAAACGGAGCUCAAUUUUUACAAAAUCUUCUCAAAAGUGAUUGUUUCUCUUCUGAAGUGAUUAUGAAAGGUUUAAAACAAAAGAAUUCACAUGGACGAACCAUGUUCCAAGAAUGUAUUGUGAAAGGAGAUUUACCAAGUUUUAAAGUAUUAUUGGCUUAUUUAACAACACGACAAAGCUCUGAAACACUUUCAUGGUUUGUGAAUGAUGUUGAAAAUCAAAAGAAUAGAACUGCACUUCACUUGUCAGUCGUUUACAAACAAUUUCACAUGUUCAAAAUGUUGGUAGAAUCUAUUCCUGGAAUUGCCAAGUUAGAUGCUGUAGAUAGUGAUGGUAAAACAGCAUUAGAUAUUGCCAAAGACACCAAUCAGGAGAAUGUUGUGGAAUUAUUUAAUGAAAUGGCAGAAUUACAAAAACCAAAAAAGAAGAAGGGAUUUGGAUUGAAAUCUCUUUUUAGUAGAAACAAAUCAAAAACCAAAUAA